AUUUGCAAGGUGUUAAUAAUGCAUUUCCUCUACUUCUCAAUUUCUCUAGAAUAUAUAUUAUUUAUUGUUCCAAAUGUAGAGCCAACAUCUAAACCCCACCAUGCAACAUGUGUAUUAUUACGUGUAUAUAACUAAAAUUUACCUUUGGUGUUCAACAUAUAUUCUCAUAUCCACGAAGUAUUCCAUAGAGAAUCAUAAAUUCUGAAAAUUUUUCUUUCUGUUUUGGAGCUAUAGAUAGAUAGAUUGGUCCAAUAAUGGAGAUUGAAUCAGUGACGUGUGAAUGUUGCAGCUUAACUGAAGAUUGUACACAACACUACAUUAGUCAAGUCAAAGCUAACUUCGCCGGGAAAUGGCUUUGUGGGCUUUGCUCCGAGGCGGUGAGUGAUGAAUUCAGCCGUAGUCCGAAGACGACGACGGUGGAGGAAGCUGUUAAUGCUCACGUGUCGUUUUGUGGCAAGUUUAACGCCAACCCGGCAGAACUUGUGGCGGACGGCAUGAGACAGAUGCUACGGAGGAGGUCCGGUGAGUUGUCGCCGAAGACGUCCAAGAAGUCCGGUAGAUCUAAUACCACGUAAUUUGUACAUGUGUACUCAUCUUUUUCUCAUUAUCUUCGUUUAGAGUUGGCUAAUGUAAAAUACGAUAAAAAUUGAAUAAGUAAUCUCUGGAGAAGAUUGUUUGGAACCCUAUAUUGUUACUUAA